AUGUCGGAAAAGACGUCGAUUCUCGAUACCGCGACCCUCGUCACGAUCGCCGGGCGCCAGCUGGAGACGUUUUCUCUCGGCGACGGGCCGGACCUCGUGCUCUUCGAGUCUGGGGGAGCGUCAGCCGGGGCAGUCUGGGGCCGGGUCGUCCAAUCACUAGCGACCGACGCCCGAAUCGUACUCUACAACCGCGCGGGCUACGGCAGAAGCUGGGCGGCGUGGGAUAAGCGCACCCUAGCCAACCUCGUCGAUGACCUCCUCCACCUCCUGGAGACGAUGGAGUAUCGCCGCCUAGUGUUGGUCGGACAUUCAUGGGGUGGGCCGGUGAUCCGUUCCGUCGCCGCCAACCUGGGAGAAAAAUGUACGGGCCUGGUUCUUGUCGACGCGACAGAGGAGGGGAACAAGGAGUACUUUGGGGGGAUGGAGAAGGCGUUUUAUCGCAACUCGUGGAUGUUUUUACCAAAGGCUUUGUGGGGGUCUCUCGCCACAGAGAAGGAACAACAACUCAAAAGUAUCCCAGAACCAUAUCGAUCCCAGGCGGUGCGCGAUUCUUCGUCGAUCAAGGCUGCAUGGACGGCAGGUUACGAGAUUGCGAAUAUCGUCCCUGGGCUGAGGGAGCUGGUUGCGUCGCCGGCGACAUUGGCUGAGACGACGGCAGUCACUUGCAUCUCGGGCCAGAUUCCACAAAACAAGAUGCGAACGGAACAGAACGCCGCACACCAACGCCGCGCUCAUCUGGCUGGCCAGCGGGGCAAGUACGUCCCGGCCCACAAGUCGGGACACGCGGUGCACCACACCGAGCCGCAGUUGAUCGCGGACGAGAUUGCGGCUAUCCUAGAAUCCUAG